AUUGACCCAAAUAGUUUAAGGAAUAAAAUUGAGUUAUUUAUGUUCGGGGGAUUGUCACGCGUGGCAAAAAAGAGUAAGGCUGUGACUGUGACAGGAUUGACUGGACGAACUGCCAGUUUGUAUUUUUCAAUUACAUCGAGAUCAUUAGAACUUUCUCGUAUACAGAGACUUAUGUCGUCAUCUCUAUGAUUUUGUAAGGGGCGGUUAAAAUAUCUUUAUUCCGUACAUAUUUAUGACUGAAUUUUGAAAUAAAUAAUGUGGGCUCUUACCAUGAAAACGGCUGCAUGCGCAGCAACACCAACUAUGAUGCAGGGUUUUUGUAUUGUAGAUUAACCUCAUUCCAAUAGUACCAAUAGACAAGCAUGGAGAAAAACGAUUUUCUCAAUUCGAAUUUGAUUCUUUUUUUAAUGUACAAUAAAAAAGAAUAGAGAGUUCCAUCCUGAGCCAGGAUGAACGAUGACUUCAUUUCUUACAAUUUAUUGAAACAAAAAGAGUCUAGGACUUUGAAGAGGCUCGCAGGACCUCCCCUAUAGUAUCUUCACCGCAAUAGAGUUUAGCCUAAGGAAUGUGAAACAUUUAUCCUAUUCCAUCAAUCCCAUUUUCAUUCACCCUCUUCGUCCGGGGGGCCAUUGGAGAGAUCGAGCUUCAAUAAACAAUGAAUGGUCUUCCAUGAUCAACUGUUGGCACUAGUCUUACAUUUUGUCUAUGUGGACUGAGGAAAAAUGUAGUAAUUAACGAUUAUGCAAUUUAAACAAUAUUGAAUUCACAGAUCCACAUAGCCCUACCCCUCUAGUGGUAUUUUAUUGAUAGGUUCUAUAGGAACGUCAUCGGUGCCAAUCCAAUAAGAGGCUUUUGGCCUUGUUUUCAUAGAAAUAUCUCGUAUGUGUAGUACGUUGGUAAUCGUAUUCAUAUCAAUCGAACAUACUUAAAUAAGAAUGAAAGUUUUAUAUAAAACCUAAACAAGCUAUCUAGCCCAUACACUCACACAGAAACAUCAUAAUUAGGUACGGACAUGAAAUCAUGGAAACGAAAAUGAUUCAUAGAAGGAAAGGCGUUGGAAGUGAAGAAAGAGUAAUGAUAAUUUGCAUUAUGGUGUGUCUUAAAGGAGAUGUUGAAACCCAGCAUCCAUGCCCUAUUAUCGGGAAAGCAGAAAUGUAGAGGUAGUUGGCAUAAGAUUUAUUAUUGUAAUUCUUCUAAUUAUUUAAGUUAUUGCGAUCAAACAAUUUAUGAUAUGGUAUAAGACCGGACUUAUUCAAGUGUUUAUAUGUUCAAAUCUCCACGACUUACUAAUAUUAAUUAACAAUUGAUCUAAAAACAAGGUAUAUUGGGCUUGUGUAAACUUCAAACCUAUAUGAGUUAUAAUGACAUUAUAUCAAAGUUGGUUUCAUUAUGAGGUCACGUAUUCAAAUAAUCGCUACACCCAAUAUUAAUCGUUGUUUUAAAAUACAUUACAUGGCGAGUGAGUGCAAAUUUCAUACCCACUUGUUUACUUUCAAUUGAUGGGGCUCGAACACGUUGCAUGGCGGUUGAUUGCAAACUUCAUGCCCAUUGCCCACUGGUUUACUUACAUGGCAGGAGAGUGUAAAUUUGAUGCCCAGUAUCCCCAAUAUUAAUCGUUGUUUUAAAGUACAUUACAUGGUGGGUGAAUGCAACUUCAUGCCCACUAGUUUACUUUCGUUUGAGGGGACGUGUAAGGAAGUUGUUAAGAUCCAUAAAUGAACAUCUUCCAACAACUCAAGUUAUUAUGACCAUUUGGUUUAUUACAUGGUAUUGUAACUUAUGAAUACCACGAGAUAUUGUGUUUGAAUCUCGACGACCCCUAUUUUUUUAUAAGAACCUUGGGGGACUUAUUAAUUAGGUAAGAUGGCUACAUUAUCCCGCUUUAGCUGAUCAAUCAAAAAAAUGAUUAACAUUAUCCUUUCCGGAGAAUUAUUACGAUGGCUACAUUAUCCCACACGCAUCGUUCAUUCCAUCUUGUUUGAAUCUCGGCGACCCAUAUUCCUUAAACACAUGGUAUUUGGAUACAUGCACAAACUUAAAUUCCUAAUGAGUGGUUUUUCAUUUGAAAGAGCGGGUUAAUUAGUAAAUAAUAUAAUAUUCAUAAUUAAAGCUCUUCCAACAACUCGAAUUAAUGACCAAAUAGUUCUUGGCAUAGUAUCGAAACCUUCAAUGAACCUCUCUUACCAAUUCAAAAUUAUACAAAAUGAGACAAUUCAAAUUGCCACAUCCCUAUUGUUACAUCCUCAUUUUAUGUUACCAAAUGCGACUAUUUUGCCGAAUUGCUUUUUUUUUUUUUAAGAAUUUUGCAGAAUUGCUUUAUUUUGCCACAAUUGAGACAAAUAGCUUAAUCCGAUUCCAUCCCCCAAACAACCCGUUAGUUGUGAUUGAUGGCUUAGAUAAUUUUCAUUUUACUAUGAUAGGCUAGUUAUUUUACAUGUGAUCGAUAUUUACAUUUUAGAGUUUUUUAACAUCAUAAAUUCGAAAUCUAUUUCAAUAUGUCAAGAAAUCAACAUGCUUUUAGUUUCGUUAGACAACGGCCUAGUUAGUUGAAUAGAUUGAACUAAGUGUCUACUUAAGUUUGUUAUUAAGCUACUAUUAGUCAAACUAAACCCUCAAACAAUGGUGAUUUCUCGUGACCUGUUCCUUCUUUCUCAUGUUCGUCAUUAAAAUUAGUACAUAAGACACCUCCUACGUAAAAUUUUACAUACUCCUUUAUGGGACGAGAUACGGUGACAACCCCUAAAGGGUUGUAAGAUUGACAACCAAGGGUAUUUUGGGUAUGAAAAAAGGAAUAUAUUAAUUACCUUUUUGUAUUAAUCAAAUUGGGAAUUAAAAACCCAUAUUAAAUACAAUUUUUUUUUAAAUUUAAAUCCUAUACAUUAAUAUCUCUACCUAUCUCUCUCUUCCUCUCUCCUGCGGCCACUCCGCUUCGAUGGAGAGACUUUUUCUCCGGCGAAUUCUCUCCGGCAGACUCCCUCCAGCAACCUGAAAAAAUGUACCAGUGCGUUAAAAAGUGUACCAAUCCAUUAGUCUACUGGUAAUUAAUAUACCAGUGUUAGUGGCGUUAAAAAAUAUAUCAGUGCUAGUGGUAUGCUACCAGUGCUAGUGGUACGCUACCAGUACUAGUGGUACGCUACCAUUAGCAGUACCAGUACCACUGGUAGCGGUACCAUUAGAAGUACCAGUACCACUGGUAGCGGCACCAUUGCCACUGGUAGCGGUACCAUAGCCACUAGAGACUAGCACAAAAAAAAUCAGAUAUGAAAUAUGAAAAAUCACAAAUCUGAAAAAAAAUCAGGGAUGACGAAAGGGGGAGGCAGGGGAGGGGCGGUGACCUCGUGGCGACGGUGGUGGUGGGAGACAGAGGGCGGCGAGAGGGUUGCGACGGGGAGGGGUGAUGGCGCUACGGUGGAGGGAGGAGGAGGCCGCGAUGGCUGCGGGGCGAGGGACGUGACAAUGCUGGGAGGCGGAGGGCGCGACAACGGGAGGGCUGCAGCAGUGAUGAGAGGCGAAGGGCGUGGCGGGUCGGCAGGACGACUGCGACGACGGUGUUGGCAGCCGAUAGAGAGAGAGGGAAGAGAUGGGAGGAAGAAGAAGAAGAAUUGGAAGAAGAAAGAUGGUGAGAGAGAGAGAAAAGAGAGAACAUGGGGUUUUAUGUAUUAAUAGGCGUAAUAAUCUAGUGCGGUCAAUUUUUUUUCGUCCAAAAAUACCCUUAAUCCAAUCUGUACCAUUGAUUUGGAAAAAAAAGAGACAAGAGAGAGAAUGGAUUCUAUGGUUAUAAAAUGAGUUGUCAAUCUCACAACCCCUAAUGUGGUUGUCACCGUAUCUCAUCCCACUCCUUUAUGAUGCCAUUUUUCCCGUCAUUCAUCACGUAUCUCUCACUCGUUCCUUACAAACCUCCAACAUUUAUAUUCAGAAAUAUGAGAGCAUUUAAGAACUAAUCUCUCAUUUUAGUAACCAUGAGAAUGAGAUGGUUUAGAUUUUUGAACAUUAAGCACAAUACUAAGACUUGUUCUAUCGAAAAGAAAAUCAAAAGCAUAGU